CGGCAUGUACCGGGCCCGGGCGGCGCGGGCGGGGCCGGAGCCCGGCAGCCCGGGGCGCUUUGGGAUCCUCAGCACCGGGCAGCUCCGGGACCUGCUUCAGGAUGAGCCCAAGCUGGACCGGAUCGUGCGGCUCAGCAGGAAGUUCCAAGGCCUGCAGCUGGAGCGUGAAGCAUGCCUGGCCUCCAACUACGCGCUAGCCAAGGAGAACCUGGCAUUGCGGCCCCGCCUGGAGAUGGGCCGGGCUGCCCUGGCCAUCAAGUACCAGGAGCUUCGAGAGGUGGCUGAGAGCUGUGCAGACAAGCUGCAGCGACUGGAGGAAAGCAUGCAUCGCUGGAGCCCCCACUGCGCGCUGGGCUGGCUGCAGGCUGAGCUGGAAGAAGCUGAGCAGGAGGCUGAGGAGCAGAUGGAGCAGCUGCUGCUGGGGGAGCAGAGCCUGGAAGCUUUCCUGCCCGCCUUCCAGCGCGGCCGGGCCCUGGCCCACCUGAGGCGGACCCAGGCGGAGAAGCUGCAGGAGCUGCUGCGGCGCCGGGAGCGGUCUGCUCAGCCAGCCCCCACUGCUGCUGCGGAUCCCCCCAAACCCUUCCCCGCUGCAGCCGUCCUGCCCACCGGGGCCGCCCGGGUGCCACCAGCAGUGCCCCGGAGCCUGCCCCCCUUGGACUCCCGCCCAGUGCCCCCACUGAAGGGCUCCCCCGGGUGCCCCCUUGGCCCAGCCCCUCUGCUGAGCCCUCGGCCCUCGCAGCCAGAGCCCCCCCACCGGUAGGAUCCAGGGUAUGGCCCCCCAGUGGGGGGCCCAGACAAACUUGAUGCGUGGCUCCUCCUCCUCCCCCAUUGCCUGGGUGGGGGGAGGGGCAGGCCCCUCCCCCUGGCCUCAGGCAGGCCCUGGCCCUGGAGGCUGAGCUGGGGAGGAGGGUCACCUGGAAGAUGCCCAGAGAGAGGGCCAGGGUGGGGUGGGCAGGCUAUUAUGCCUCUGGCGCUGAGGAAGCUUUGCCUUUUUUUCUCCCUGGCUGGAGCCUCUUUGGUGAUGGGCCAGCCCCAAUGAAAGAACUUGACUCAUGGGGGCCUGGGAAGGUAUCCGCUUCCCCCAAGGGACCCUGCCUAGGGGCCCAUCGCACCCCACCACUCCACUGGGCUCGCACAGUGCCAAGGCCGACAGGAGUGUUUUCCAUCAAGUCCUGAGCCUAUCUUUCCCCCAGUUCUGGGGCCCGCCGCCUAGGAGCCAGGUGGUCAGGCCCCAGCUGACCAGGGUCAGGGUCACCAUGGCCCUGGGGCUACUAUGUGCCCCACUCAUGCUCCAGACCCUGGGGCAAGGUAGGCCAGGGCCUUCUGACCUGCACAGGUGAGAGUGGGCCAUCCCCAGGAAAGACCAUUCUGUAUUUUUCUGUCCCAGUCUCCUUAGAAUGGAACCUUUUUGAGGGCAGGUCCUUGUCUUUGUAUGUUCUGUUCCCAGCCCCGCCUCCCAGGGGCCGUCAAUAAAUGUGAUGAUGAGGAUGCUGCUGCUGCCUGACUCCUCUCUGGCCCCUCCACCAGCUACUCUGCUGUUGCAGCCUCCACAUCUCAGCUUCUGCACUUCCUUCUCCUGAGAUGACCUCCCUUCCUCUCUGCCCAUCCAAAGCCCAGCUGUCCUUCGGGUCCAGCACUGUUCUUGCCUCUUCCAUGAAGCCGUCUCUGAUCACCAACCCAUGGGAGUCUUUCCUAACUCUUAACUUCCCAGCACCUCUGGCCAGAAGCACACUCUGCUCCAUCACUGUUCUCCAAUGGCAUCACCUGUAUGCACCUUCUUUUCCUGGGUUGCCUGUAAGCCUGAUCAAGAUGGUACCUGCUCCUUCUCUGGCCUGCCAAAUGACCACCCCCACUGAGUGAUGGAAGAGGGCUGAAGGGAUCUGUCUUCAGCUAGGGUAAAUACUAGGUGGCCAGCUUGGCCCAUGAGUGUGGGACAAGAAGUUGGGAGAGCGGGAACAUGCCCUGCAUCAGCUUAGGUCAAGUCUAAUGAGAUACAGUUUGGUAGGGAGGCAUGGAAGGUCCUACAAAUAAGAGGGGAGAGUCAGAGUGCUGUAGAAGCUAGUGUGAUCUUGGUCCUUGUUAAUAGGGAUAUAACCAUCUAGAAAGAGGGAAGUAUUGGGUUGGCUCUACUUUUCACUGAAGUUUUGCACUGUUAGAGGGACCCCCAAAACAGUACCUUUGCAGUAAUAAUGAUGAGAAAGAGGAUUGGGACCAAGUCGCAGGAGGAAGAGUCGAGGGAUCUGUUUGAGACGUGUGUGUCUAAUGUUUAGUCUUUGAAUCUCCAAAGGCUAGAGAGGUAGAGCCCGAGAUCACGUAGAGCUUGACUCACAUGGGAGUCAAGACCAAAAAGGGGAAACCACAGGGAGCCAGAUUUUGGUUCAGUGUGAGGCUCUUAAGUCAGGGCGGCUACUGGAGGUAGAUGGUCCCCAUUCCUAAAGACGUGCAAGCAGUGCCUGAGGGACCGCUU